AUGUUAACGUUACUUCCCAGUGACCUUGUUCUCCCUAAUGCAAAGAGGUUUGUGCGCUCACACACGAUAUCCAAAUCAUGCCGAAUACAACCUAAUACUCAGGUUACACUUGAACGAGUCAUCGGUUUCACAGUAAACAAUAACUGUGCAGUUGCAUUUUCUGAUAAAACUGGCCUUAUUGCUCAUGCAGCAGGGUGUGUGACAGUUCUUCACUCAUUUGAAGAUGAACGACAACAAUUUAUUCAAAGUCAAUGUCGUAAAGCUAUUACAGCAGUGGAUUUUAGUUCAGAUGGAAAAUAUUUAGCCACAGGAGAGUCGGGCCACCAACCAAUGGUUCGAUUAUGGAAUGCGACAGAUCGUUGUCAGUUGGCUGAAUUUGGUGGUCAUCAUUUUCGCGUUGCAGCAGUUCGUUUCAGUCCAAAUGAUCAAUAUUUAGUGAGUAUCGGCAGUCAAGAGGAUCAUACACUCUAUGUAUGGGAUCGUCAAAGUGGACAACGAGUGGCCAGUGCUAAAGUUACAAAUAAGAUUUAUGGAGUUGCUUUCAGUCCUACGGGACAGUUUUUUGUAACUGUCGGUGUCCGUUAUGUUCGAUUUUGGUAUUUAGAGAAUAAACGCAACAAAAUUCGUGAAACUUUACCAUUACAUGGAAGAAAUGCCAUUCUAGGUGACAUGUUCAAUAGUGUAUUUACUGAUGUAUGUUGUGUCGUUUCAUCAUUGUCAUCCUCAUCAUCACUCUCUGCUUAUUCUUCAUCUAAUCCCGGUUCAUCUCAAACAAAUUCUGUAAAAACGAAACCUUCAUCAGGAGAGCAUGAAGAUGUGACAAGUACUACUACUACUAUUACUACUACUACUACUAAUAAUAAUAAUGCCAACGUCAGCAAUAGUAAUAGUAAUAAGCCAACAUCAUCUGCAGCUGUUGGAACAACAGCAGCUAUCACCACUACUUUGACUUUAGUUGUAAAUACAGCUGGACGUUUGAUUCAAUUUAAUGGUCAAAGAGACUUAGACAAAUGGGUUGAUUUGAAGACUUCUAGAGCAAACUGUAUUUCAACAAGCGGUUCUUGGGUUACUGUAGGCUGUACUACCGGUGUAUGCCUUAUUUUUGAGGCUGAAAGUUUACAGUUUAUAGCCAAACUACCUUUACCGCAUUCAUUGGGCUCAAGUUUGCAUCUUUCUUUAGAUACAUCCAAUGAUUCAGUUAUCAAUGAACCUAUCUAUCCUGAUGUCAUUGCUGUCAAACUGGAUUGCAAUCGUAAUCGUUUAAUAUGCUUUUAUAAUGAUCACAGUAUUCAUGUGUGGAACAUACACGAUUUAUCAGCUAUUCAUAAAAGUCGAUCACAUUUCUAUCAUAGUCGAGGAAUAUGGUCAGUUGAUUGUCUACCUGAACAAUGGGAGCAUAGGAGUGCUUUAAAUCAGUUACCAUCAUGGUGGUUGAAUGAUAUGUUUGCCACAUGUUCCGAUGAUGGAACUAUUCGAUUCUGGAAUCUUCUUGCUAACCAUCGAAUAACGAAUAGUAAUAAUAAUAAUAAUAAUAAUGCUGGAAUCAGGUUUUCAACGAGUGUUCCAGCUGAUUCAGAAUUUCUAGGAUCUACGACAUUUGAAUGUACAGAACAACUUGCUGGCAUAAUAUACACAGAUCCCAGUUACAAGUAUCUAUGUACUAGUGAUCGUUCUUCAACUGAGAUUACCUUACCUAAAUUAGAAGGCGGUGUAGGUCCUUUAGGUGGACCAGCUUUUGUACCGGGUACAAAUGAUAUCAUACAAAUUGAUUCUGCCCUUCAAUCUCCAGUAUCACCAUCUCGUCCUUCUUUAGGCGACCACUGUCAAUUACUAUCUAGUUCAAAUUCUACUGCUGGUAACAACAAUAACACUUCUGGAUCAGCGUGUGUUCGUGCUAUAUGCAUAAGUCCAGAUGGUCGUCAUUUAGCUGCUGGUGAUCGUGACGGCAGUUUAAGAGUUUACUCCUUGGAGACAUUGGAAUUGUUCUGUCAAAUACCUGCUCAUGAUAAUGAGAUUUUAUCAUUGAACUUUUUUCGAUCACAUUCAGUUCCACAACUUUUAUUAUUAUGCUCUGCAUCACGUGAUCGUAUGAUACAUAUCUUUGAUCCGAAUAAAGAAUACUCUCGUGUACAAACAAUAUCAGAUCAUUCAGGUGCAAUAUUUUCAGCUAAAAUCAUUGAAACUGAUGAUGGAGAGAUACGUUUAAUUUCUUGUGGUAUGGAUAAAUCAUUAUUGUUUAGAAUACUAGAACCUGAUGAAUCUGGUCAAACAGCUCAUUUUGCAUUGGAACACCAUCUAGUUGGACGUCAUUCACAGUUAGAUGCUGCAAUUACACCUACAUUGGUUAAUUCAUUUGAUAAUCGUACAAAUCCUACUAAUCGUAAACGAUAUCUAGCUGUUGCAUGUCAAGAUAGAAGGCUGAGAAUUUAUAAUAUUGUUACAGCACGUCCUGUACGCUGUUAUCGUGGAAGUUAUACUGAAGAUGGUUUCCUUGUUCGUUGUUCAAUCGAUCCAACUGGAUCUAUUAUCGCAACAUCGGGUUCAGAUAAACAGCUUAAUUUGUUUCAUUUACUCACUGGUGAUUCGAUAGCUACACUAUAUGGUCAUUCAGAGUUAAGCUUAGGCUUACGAUUUCUACCAAAUCUACGCUAUUUAAUAUCAGUCAGUGCAGAUAGUUGUAUAUUUGUCUGGCGUUUAUCAUCGAAUCUAACACAAUAUUUACGUGAACGUCUUACUUCAUCGUCAUCAGUAUCAGCAUCAUCCUAUAUACCUAAAUGUUCAUUAGGCAAUUCAAUUAGUUAUCCUCAAUUAGAUGGUAUACCAUUAGGAACAAUGACAACAACAUUAAGAGGAGAAGGUGGAAGUGUCAGUGGUAAUGGAUUAUAUCAAGUAAAUCGUUCUGAGUAUCCUCGUCUACACAGUAAUCCUAUGAAAUCAUCUUGUUCAAAUCUAACUGCUUUUCAUAAACACACCUAUAAACAAAUAAGUAGUGAUGAUGAUCGUGAAAAAACAAUGAAUCAUUGUAAUAAUCUACUACUAUAUGAUAAUCAUAAUCAUGGUGAUGAGUAUGUUGACUACAAUGAUGAUGAUGACGCUGACGAUGAUAAUGAUGAUGAUGAUGAUGACGUGACAUCAUUCAGUCAAACGAUACCACCAUCGGAAUGGAAUGAUUCACUUGGAGAAUAUGAUAAAAUGGAAAAUUUGGAUAUUGAUUAUGAUGAUGAUGAUGAUGACAAUGAAUUCGAUUCAUUUCCUUUAGAUGAUUUAUUAUCAAUCGAUUCAUCAAAUUUAGUGAUACGUCGUAUGAAAAAAAGUAAAUCUAUUGUCAAUGAAAAUGAUUCAAAUAGUUGGUGCGAUCCUGUGACCACCACUAGUCAUAUGAGUAAAACACAAGGAGUGCCUACAAUGCCCCCUACUCUUGUGACCUCAGUCAAUCAAAAUGACAAUAAUGGUGGAUAUCACAGUACAAAAAAGCCUACAUUCUAUUUUAGUGUUAGUGCACUACCAGCUUGGGCUCGUAGAAAGCUGAGUCGUCGUGAAUCAGUGACCAUUGUACCAACGUCUUUACCACAGGUCCUCACUAAUGAACAAGAUGUUGUUGGAUCAGAUUCAGCUAGUCAAGCGUCUGUAGCAAGUGGUCCAAUACUACCUAUAUUUAGUGGACAAGAUUCACGUGAAAUACUUCCUGGUAAUCCCAUGUCUACAUCAACAACAGUAUCAAAAUUGACAAGUAAAUUAUCAAAACGUAAUCGUCUUCAUGGUAAAAAAUCAGUUGAAGAUGUCUCUGAACGAUCUUCAGUAUCAACUAAUGAUAAUAAUAAUAUGCAUUCACAACUAAAAACCUUUAAUCAAAUGUCUCGAUCAGAAUAUAAAGCUAGAGAAUGCUCUAACUUUAAUCAAACUAAUGAAAUUGAUUUCAAUGAACAAAUUCAUGAGAAGAAAACCAAUUGGCUAACACGUGCUGUCUCUGCUCCUGAUACACCUCGUUCUUAUAAAAAAGAUGCUCAAAAUAUGGAUUUUAGACGAACAUUGACGACAGCAGCAACAACGACGACGAUGACGACAACGACAACAACAACAGCGAUGAAAAUACGAAAAGCUGUUGAUAAUCUUUCAAAGAAAUCUAAUCCAACCCAGGGGAUUAAUCGAACCUCUGUACAGAAUAGACCUAAAGAUUUAGCAAUUGAACGAUUCACACCACCAUAUUCCUGUGAAGUUUGUACAGAAGACUUACUGGUCAAUGAAUCAGUUAGUGGUAAAGACUGUACAAAUCCAUUACCAUUAUUUAAUCGACCAAAGAAUAGGUCUAAUCAACGAUCAUAUUCGGCUACUCAACUAAUCUCUACAAGCUCACCAAUACAAAAGACUCCAUCAUCGAUUGAUAAUGAGGUAGUCGGUAUACAUACAACACAGAAACGUUGUUUCAUUGAUGAUACAACUGCUAAUCGUGCUUCACACUGCAGUCAUCAUCAUCAUCAUCAAAAUAAUCAUUCUAAACCUUUACGUGCAUCUAUGGAUUUCAUUUCAAAGGCAUCCUUGAUAUCAUUAUCAUCAUCAUCAUCCUAUCAAGAUCGUGAGAAUCAUUUCACUGGGACACGCAAAUAUCCAUCACAGUCUGUUAUGAGCAUACCAAAUGAAAGUCGAGUGAAUAAAGAAGAGAUAAAAAGGAGUUCAACGCGAACGUCUAAUCCAAAUUUGUCGCAUACAAAAGAUGAAUCGAAUUCUGUUAAAUCAGCUAUUGAAUCACUUCAUGCACUUCGUAUAGCCCUAGACUUAGCUGUUAACCGAUUAGCUAAAUUAACAUGUCAAAAUCAUAAUAAAACAGAAGAAUAUUCUAAUGAUCUACGACAAAUUGUUACUGAAGAAUUGGAAUGGCGAUUUUCACGUCUACGUGCUAUGCUUGGUUUAUCACCUAUUUGUGUUGAAGCACCAGUUGCUCGUGUUCUUUUAGCUGAUAUUGUAGAGCGUCUUAUUCCAGAGUUGAAAUCAGCUUCAAUAAUUUUAGAAAAUCCAAAUGUUGUUAAUAACCAAUCAGAUGAUCUAAUCAAGCAUAUUAAUCAAUGUCAAUUGUAUAAAUCUAUGGAUUUAUCUGAGACAUCCAUGUAUGAUAUAACUGAAAGAAGCAAUUCAACUAUAAAUCAUAAAACUGAAGAUGUUGAUCGUACUGAUAAUGACGAUGGUGAACAACCGGAGGAUGAGGUAGAAGAUGAGAACUGUAACCUUCCAACAAUAUCCUUAAAUAAUGGUCAAAAAGAACACUAGGUGUAAUGUUCAUAAAAAUAAACAAAUCUUCUAGUUUCAUCAUCAUAACUCAACUGUUUAUACAACACAUCAACUUGGUGUAAAGAUGAUGAAACAUUAUUAAAUGAUACCAGUUAUAAUUGAUCAUA